AUGACCGCAGACUCGGGUGUCACCGUAGACACCUCCGAUAAUCCUAUACCCUCCCCGCCGAACGCCACCAAUUCGUCCCGCUACGAGCCCCAAUCGACGAAGGGCGAUUCCCCCACAAAUCAGAAUGAAAAAGAGACAGAGGGUUCAGCGCCCCAGCCAGUAGCAUCCGAACCCGCUGCAGGGUCUGCUAAACGAGACCCCCCCGCAUCAGAUGAAGUAGAUGAUUUUGGUCUACCCAUUCGAGCACGCCGACCCGACCCCACCCCUAGCGAGUCCCCCGAAGGAGAGAAUGCCAGCCAAAACAUCCAGAAUGUGGCUGCGAGCUCGACGGGCUAUAGUGACGCUGUGAAAAAGGAGAAGGAGCCAGAGUUGUCACAGGGCAAGCUGGAAUCCGGGGCCCCUGAGCCAGCCAAUCCGAAUAAUACAGAAGAGCGAGGCAAGGGCGCAGAGGCCCAGGACACUUCUCCUGCACCCCCGGAGUAUUCGGAGGCUUCUAGUGCUCCCGCUCAGCCUCGGACCUCAACUUCGAAGCAAAAACAUGCCCAAGUGUCGGAAUGGUCGCAUCAGCGCCUCGCCCAACCUGAUGCACAUCACCCUGAGAGUGAAGAGUCGGACGCAGAGCCCGAUGAAUGGACAUCGAUGCCUGCACUUGGAGAAUUCGACUACUAUGACGACUAUGGGAGACUCAUUGCUCGUGGCGCCAAAGAAGAAGGCGACGAGGCUGUAUACCAAGGAUUAGGAGGAGCAGGGAGGGGUUAUACUCGGGUGCAGCUUGACGAAGAUGCCCAGUCUGCCACAAGUCUAGAUGAUGAUACAAACUACCUUUUCCGAGAGACAGGCGGCAACUCUGCUGGUCUAGUUGGCGAGGAACUGCGAGAUACUAUCAGCCAGCUCCAGGCUACCAAAGACCUUCUCAACGAGACUCAAAAGAUCGCAUAUGUGGGGGUUGUCAGGUUGGCAAUCCAUAAUAUGAAUCAUGAUCUGGCGUCAAUUGCCACAACCAAAUCCACGCGCAAAACCAUGCAGAAAGCCUCGGAUGCCAUGCGAAAAUGGGGCCAGGCGAUCAUGGGGCGAGUCUAUGCUCAUAUGGAUAUCAAUUCUGCAGAGCAGAUUAUGAUUGAGCAGCUCGCGGAGCAUGGGGUGCAACCAGAAGAUCUGGUUCGACCACUCAUGCAGAAUGCGCGGGUCAAAAACCCCAUGGCAGAGAGUGAACCGAAAACCUCUACAUCCAGUCAGAAAUUCGACUCUUCAUCUAGGCUCUCCGCAGAGACAGAUUCGUCUGAACUAGAUCCCCCUCCGCCAUACGAGGCUCACGAGACCGAGGAGCCCCCGGAGGUCAAGAUGCCUUCUGAAAUGCCAACAUCUGAUCGCAUAGAUAUUGAUCUCCGCUGGACUGUCCUCUGUGACCUGUUCCUUGUGCUCAUCGCAAAUUCAGCAUACGACGCUCGGUCGCGAACUCUUUUGGAAAGGGUCGGCGCAGCUUUGGAUGUAACAUGGCUACAGAUCUCACGGUUCGAAAAGCGAGUAACAGACUCCCUUGAAAUGCAAGAACAGGCAGAGAAGGAGAAUUGGGACGAGUCAGACCACAUGGAAAAGCGCCGCAAGAUGGCCUUGAAACGGAAAUAUAUGAUUAUGGGUUUAGCGACGGUCGGCGGUGGACUGGUCAUCGGCCUUUCCGCUGGACUGUUGGCACCCGUCAUCGGAGCCGGUCUUGCGGCUGGUUUUACUACAGUGGGUAUCUCUGGAACCAGUGCAUUCCUGGGAGGAGCCGGCGGCACAGCUUUGAUCGCUUCUAGUGCUACUCUAGGUGGAAGCACCAUUGGAAUGAGGGCGUCGCAUCGACGCAUGGGUGCAGUUCAAACCUUCGAAUAUCGACCUCUUCAUAAUAACAAGAAGGUCAAUCUGAUUGUGACGGUCUCUGGCUGGAUGACUGGCAAGGUUGAUGAUGUCCGUUUACCUUUCAGUACUGUCGAUCCGAUUAUGGGCGAUAUCUAUUCCGUGCUAUGGGAGCCUGAGAUGCUUCGAAGCAUGGGUGACACUAUCAAUAUUCUGGCAACAGAGGCAUUAACACAAGGUCUGCAACAAGUACUAGGUAGCACCGUCCUAAUGGCGUUGAUGGCAUCUUUGCAACUACCACUUGUCCUGACUAAACUCGCAUACUUGAUUGACAAUCCCUGGAUCGUUUCGUUGGCACGCGCAAACUCAGCCGGCCUCGUUAUGGCCGAUUCCUUGCGAGAGCGUAAUCUUGGCAACCGGCCUAUUACAUUGCUCGGUUUCUCCCUCGGCGCGCGCGUGAUCUUUUCUUGUUUGAAAGAGCUGGCCGAAAAGGGCGCCCACGGUCUAAUUCAGAAUGUAUACCUAUUUGGCUCGCCCGUUGUGGCGAACAAAGACGAAUACCUCAAGGCUCGGAGUGUGGUGUCUGGACGAUUUGUGAACGGUUAUGCUACGAAUGAUUGGAUCCUUGGCUACCUCUUCCGGGCAACGAGUGGUGGAAUCAUGAAAGUGGCCGGCCUUGCAGCUGUCGAAGGCAUACCGGGCAUUGAAAACUUUGAUAUUACCUCGCUUGUGAAUGGUCAUAUGGAUUACCGUACGGCUAUGCCUCGAAUUCUGAGGGAAGUUGGUUGGGAGGUUCUUGAGGAUGAGUUUGCAGAAAUCGAGGAUCCAGACCCAGAUAACCACGCUGAACGACAGCGCGAGUUGAUUCGCGAGAUUGAUGAAGCUCGCCGAGAAGCAGAGGCAAAGCCAGAGAAGAAGCGCUUCGGCCUGUUCAAGCGAGGCAAGAUGGCCGAAAAGAAGAAAUGGGAAACCUACGAUGUCGACAAAAACACCGCCCCUCGCGAUUCAAGCGAGCCCGAAAGCAGCCCCGGCACUGUCCUCUUCGACAUCGAGGCCAUCCGAGCCGAGUUGCACUCCGAGGCGAUCGAAAUCAAAGAAUUAGAGUCAACUAUGCCUCUGAUGAAGCUAGACCUGAACACUCCGUCAGAACCACCAUCCGCCCAGCCCUCUCCCCCUACCUCCAAGAGGCCCAAGACGCCCGAACUUCCAGCUGUUCCUCGGACUUCUUCGCUACCCCCGCGAGCAUCGGGACAGUAUUCUCCUCACGGGCCCAAUGAAUUCUCUCCCGCGCCGAAGCAUGAAGAUAUGGAAAUGACGUUUGACACAUCAUUCCAUGAAUCCCCACGAUCCAAAAACGACGACCGUCACUCUCGUCCAGAGUUGAGAACUGCCUCUACAAUGCCGACGGUUGGGACCAGUGCCCUCGGAGCUAUGGCCAUGGAGCCCAAUGCCUGGGCGGACCAUGAUCAGGGACAUCGGGAUGGCGAGAUCUCAAUGACGUUCGAAUAG